AUGUUAAAAAUGCGAUAUUUUUAUAGAACAAUUACUUUUAAAAAAUUUUAUAAAUUUAUCGACAACUUUCUUCAUAUUUCCUUAAUUAUGGCACUUCGUAGUGAAGACAUGAUCGACACUGACACGUUUUAUCGAUCGGAAUCCCCAACUAGAUUUAAAAUAAAACAACUGACAGACAAACUCAAUUCUUUUCAGCAAUCUGCUGAAUUUGAAACCCAAGCUAGAAGUGAUGCAUUUCAUUAUAGACUUAGACAGUUGGAAGAUAAAAUUUCCAAAAUUGAGUUGGCGAAUAAUUCGAAAUUUAAUAUAAUCAAGGACCAAAUUAUACAAAUUCAAGAAAAUUUAGGAAAUGAGAGGCUGGGUGAAGAAGUUUUCGAUGAAAAAAUUUCGAAGGAAAUUAAAAAUUCAGAAAGUAAAUUUUUGAAUGAAAUAAGUAAGGAAGAGCAAUCAAGGAAAGAAAGUGAAAGCAAAAGCAGCAAGCUAAUGGAAGAAAAAUUAUGCUGAUUUAUAUUGGAUUAAGUCUACAUGUACAGAUUUAGAGUAAAUUGGUGCUUUUCAUAUUAAUAGACAGUGUCUUCUUAAAUGAAUAAAAGAAGAUGAAUAAGAAGGAAAUUUAAAUAUUCAUUAUUAUGGGGGUAGGUUUUCUUAUAAUAAUUAUUAAUUUAUUAUAAAAAUGUAUAUUUUCUAUUAAAAUUGACGUCGCAAAAGAGAAAAAAUUCAGGGAAGAGACUGAAGAAGCACAAAUCACCGAUUUUUCUGAACAAAUUGAAACUUUACAAGAAGCUGUAGACCACGAAGGGGAAGCGAGAGAAGAAUGUUAUGAAGAUCUUAUUAAAAUAAUUGGCGAAGAAAUGCAUAGCUGCUUUAAUCACUUAGAAAACGAAAGAAAAAAUAGAGAGGAAACUCACAAACUAUAUGGGAAAUAUCUUGAUGAAAUGAAAGAAAGAGUGAGAAGAGAAAUUGAGCAGGAAAAACGAGAAAGAGAAAGCAUGGAAGCAAAUUUAAUCAGACUUUUAGAAGAAACAUGCAAUAGAAUAGAAAUUGGGAUUAAUGGGAAAUAUUAA